UCUGGCUGUUCCGAGGAAUAUUGAAAUUUAAUAUUUUGCGAGAUCCCGGCAACACUUUAUCCCGCAUGGAUCCACCCCUGCCUAGUCCCGCUUAGACAUUUCUUUCCACUCCACGAUAUUGAAAAUUCCAUUUGGUGCGCAGGAAUUGCAAUUUAAUUUCGAAGAAGAUCCUCGCGAGAUCGCAGCAAAAAUUCGAUGUAAAAUGUCGAACGCGCCGCAAACUUUUCUUAGCGUAAUGCAACAAGAUUUCCCGAAUUGGUCCCGUGCAAAAAAAGCUUUAGAACCGCCACCACCACCGAUAGAUAUCGAUACUCAAUUGUAUCUUCCUAGACCUGAGCCGGAGGAUUGUAAAUGUGACGUUCACGGUUUGAAAAAUAAGAAAGUCAGAUACAAGCAGUUGGCCGAGAAGGAACGUCGGCUUCACAAUGAGCUAAUGAGAGUCGAUCGUGAAAUGAUGCUUCUCACAUCGUCGAUGUUGGAUAGCGCUUGCGAUAUGGACGAAACGAUGAAGAGCAUUUACAAGACGGAUUACGAAAAGAGAGGUCUACCUGUUACGCAAUACAGGUCAUUAAUGGCUGCGGUGGAUGCACCGAUUGAAUUAUUAUCUAUUACUCCGCCAAUCGUCGAUUUGAAAGUUUAUAGAGAUCCUAUCGGAUUCAGGUAUACGGCUAUGGACAGCCCGACAAUUCAACCUACUAAGACGAUAGAGCUCUUAAAAGUUUCAGAAACUUGCCCCUUCUGGAGAGAGCCAUUUGCAGGCUGUUCGGAGUACAAAGAUACCAUCAGUAAAAUGGGUUUGAGAAAUAUGAAAAAUCAGCAGCGAUAUUUAGAACCUCUUCUUCCAUCAAAAAAACUUGGCGAUUGCAAUUUAUCCAAAGUAAAGAAACGCAACAAAAUAUAAAACGUAUGUAAAAAUGUUAUCAAUACAAUAAUGUCAGCGCAAUGAAAUUUAAGAUAAUCGUAAAUAAUGAAAUGUGUGUUAUAUAAAAUAUUUACAUAUAACAUUUAUAUCACAAAUUGAAAAAUGCGCAAUUUUAAGUCGCUGUAAUCUUUACGUAUUCCUGCCUGAGUAAAUAUAACAAUAUCUAUUACAAAAUAUUACUAAUUAAUAUUACAAGUUUUACGAAGCAGAAUCCGCUAGUACAACUUAUUGUAAGAUAAAGAAAAUUUAGAAACGUGCAAAUAAGGUACAAAACUUUUCUCCUUUAUCUCUUGGAAUAUACAAUCUCUUUAUUUAUCACAUUGCGGUAUUCAGUUAUUAACAAAUUUCGCAAGAAAGUCGUUUUACAAACAAUUCUCUCGGGUUCUUUUUUUUUUGCAUUUAUCUAAUUAGGUUACAAAUUAAUUACACGAUUGUUUCGCUAAGCAAUUAUAUGGUUUUAUGUACUUCGCUUGGUCCUCGUACAUAAGUUUAUGGUUGACAUUCUCAAUGGCAAAAAUAUAAUCAUCUAUAUUGAUGCAUUCAAUAUCGCUCUUGUAUCAUAAACAUAAACUAAAUAUAUUAAUUAAUUACAUGAGCUAUAAGUACAGUGAAAAAAUCUAAAGAAUAUCUAUAAUGUAUGUACAAACCUUGUGUAUUAUAUAUCACCUCAGUUUAAUAAAAAUACCUUCGUACAGAGAUAAUAACAAUAUGAAUGUUUCUGAUA